AGUGACAAGUGUACAUAAUAAAUCUGUCAGCUAAAUUUAUUUUCUUUUUCUGAUUGACUGAUAAGCGAUAGAUGAAUAAGAAAGGUAAACUGCAAUUAAUUGAAAAUUGAUGUUGUUGAGCUUCUGAUAUCAUACAUGGAAACAUACAGCGUAAAUCAAUUAACGAUUGGGUGCUAAUCAGUUUGACAAUUUUAGUAUAUAAGCUACACAAUUUAUUCUCAUCAAGUCAUUUCUUAAAUUUCAAUCGCUCUAGAGACAUCCAAGUCCGCAAAAAAGUUAAAAUUAAAAUUAUAUUUCAGAUUAAGCAUAAAAAAAUGAAAGGAUUAAAAAUGUUCAUUGCAGUUCUGGCAAUAGUUUACAGUGUUAAUUUAGUUUUUGGACUUCCUGUAGAAAACACAGAAUCAAUUGUGGAUAUAUCGACAGAAAAUAAUUCAACAAAUAAUACUCAUAAGGAAUUAUAUGUCAUUAAGGCUACAACAUAUGAAAUUGGAAUAUUAGCAGACGUUCCAGACAAUGAUACGACAACAGAUAAUGGACCAGUUACACGUCAACAAGUAGACUUGACCUUCUACAAUACUGAAAGCAAUGGAACUGACGUGAACUUUGGUGAUAUUCCAUUUCCAGUAAAGACGACAGGCCUCAAGGGUCAAGUUAUUACAGGAAUUGCACCCGUACACAUUGGAGCUGUUAGCGAUAUCAAUGAUGUGCUUAAGGCAAUACCUUUCAGUGGAACUAUUGUCAAUAUCACGCAAGCUGACACAUCAUUCGUACACAUUACACGAGACAACUUGACAGACACUGAAAAUAUUGUGCAUUUGAAUGAUACAGACACUGACCUAGCACAACUACCGAUUCUCAAUACAGUCUUGUUACCUGACAGUUUCCACGAAGCAUAUGAAGAUGUAAACUAGUAAUCUCAAUAUUCUAAGCUGUAACUUAUGAAUCUCUUGUGACUAUUAAAAUUAUUAUCCCUGAAUAAAAUUUUAUUUACUGUAAUUAGCAGAUAUUGU